GGGGCGGGGCGGGCGCCGCUUUGAAUCGGCGCGGGGCGGCGGGGCUGGGUGCGACAUGGGGAUGGUGGAGCCGGCGGCCGAGCCGCGGCCGGAGGAGCAGGAGCGGGGCGAUGUUGUCCCCGCAGCUGCCGGCCCCAGGCGCAUCGAGGUUCCCCGGCCCCCGUCAAUCGAGGAGUUCACCAUUGUGAAGCCCAUCAGCCGCGGCGCUUUCGGGAAGGUGUAUCUGGGCCGUAAGGCGGGCAGGCUGUACGCCGUGAAGGUGAUGAAAAAAGCAGACAUGAUCAACAAAAACAUGGUUCACCAGGUCCAGGCAGAGAGGGAUGCAUUGGCUCUCAGCAAAAGUCCUUUCAUUGUGCACUUAUACUACUCACUUCAGUCGGCUAAUAAUAUAUACUUAGUGAUGGAGUACCUUAUUGGUGGAGAUGUCAAAUCUCUUCUCCAUAUUUAUGGAUAUUUUGAUGAAGAAAUGGCUGUUAAGUAUAUUUCUGAAGCAGCAUUGGCUCUUGACUAUCUUCACAGGCAUGGGAUAAUCCACAGGGAUCUGAAGCCAGACAAUAUGCUGAUUUCUAAUCAGGGUCAUAUAAAGCUGACAGACUUUGGGCUUUCCAGAGUUACUCUGAACAGAGAGAUAAAUAUGAUAGAUAUCCUUACUACACCAUCAAUGGCAAAGCCAAAGCAAGACUACUCACGUACUCCAGGACAAUUGUUAUCUCUCAUCAGUUCUCUGGGUUUUUAUACGCCUGUUGGAAUGAAAAUGCCAGGGCACAAUUCAAGUCAAUCAUCUGACAGUCUGCAGGGAUUGGUUUCUCCGUUACCUGUGGUCCAAAAGGAAAAUACUCCUCUUUCAACUAAAUUGUUCAAAUCAUAUCUUGGUACUUCUCAAUUAACUCCUGUGAUGCCGGUGAGAAGUUUAACUCCUACUCUACUUCAGUCAAGAAAAAGGUUUGGUACCUCCAGUGCCAGUAGUCAGUCACACACAUACAUGAUGUCCAGUGUGGAAUCAGAGUGCUGCAGCAGCCCCAGGUGGGAGAAAGAUGUAGAGCAAAGUGAAGAUGAACCUUGUUCUACAACAGGCAAAACAAGUAACAGUGGGUCAACUCUCCUAUCAAAUGUAGAAUUCCUGAACAGCAAAGGUAUUAAAGGUUUAAAGAAAAAAGAACUGGAGUCUGCCAUUUCUCCCAUCAGCAGCAAUGAUUCUGGCAGUAGGCAAAAGGUGGGAAGUGAACGUUCUGAUAUAAGAGAUACUCCUGUGACCACACUGGAUGUGAAAGGUGUAGUGAGAAAAUGUCUUUCUGAAAAUAAGGUUUGGGAAGAAAAACUCUUCAUAAAGAAAAGAGAUACAGCUAAUGAAAGAGCAGAAACUUCCAAUCAACAACAGUCACUUUUGAGGCAGAGUGAGCCUGUCAAGCCUUUCAAAGAGGAAGACAUUUUUGAAAAGCCAGGUGUAAAAAGAAGCUUCGAAUUAGUUGACACUAGUCCUUGUCAGGAACUUAACUAUGUUAAAAAAAGCAAUGCAGAAUAUAAACGUGGCUGUCAGAUUUUAGAAUUUCCCGCAAACAAAAGGACAGGUUUGACAACUGACAUUCAAUCCUUAAUGCUUUGUGAUGAUGGAUGCCUGCAUGACACCUGCAAAAGCAAGGAAGAUGACAAGAGUUUUAUUGGUAACCAGCAAACAGUAGAAAAAUCACUUAGUCCAAUUAUAGCCAAAAAUCUUAUGUGUGAUCUCGAUGCACACUAUGAAAAGGAUGAUAAAAAGGAAUAUACAAACUCAAGUUUUUUAGGCACUGAUGAUGAAAGACCUUUAGGAAUCCUCAGUGCAGAUUCUGACUUGUCAUUUCCCGAAAUGUCUGUUACAGAAAGUCAGUUAGAAAAGCAGCUUUCAGAUUUGGACAAAAGUGUUAAAGAUCUCUCCUUUGAGGAACCCAAACCAGAAGACGUGCCAAUAACAACACCAGAGUCCCAAGAUGCCUCAAAAAACAGAGAGGAAGCACAUACUGUUCCAGACUGCAAGGCAUUGCAUCAUGAAAAGGAUAAUGACCAGCAACACAUGAAAGAAACUCACCUUGACACAGUAUCUUCUCCUUCAGAAAAGAUGAUGGAAGCACUGAAUCUCUUUAAAAAGAAUGCUGUUGUUUUUCGAAGUUAUAAUAGUCCAAUUAAUGCAUCCAACAUAUCUGAGCCAUGUAGCAUGGCUUCCUUAGAUAUAAUGGAUCUUUCACCUGCUUGUAGCGGCUCCUACCCAACAGCUAUUACUCCAUUACAGAAAGGAAGACCAUACAGAGUCUAUCAGACACCUUAUCAGGGAGAUGCUGGCACACCAUAUAGGACUCCAAAGAGCGUCAGAAGAGGAGCUGCCCCAGUAGAAGGUGAACGUAUCCUCGGGACCCCAGACUACCUGGCACCUGAGCUGCUUCUGACAAAGCCUCAUGGUUCUGCUGUAGACUGGUGGGCCCUUGGAGUUUGUCUGUUUGAGUUCCUAACUGGAAUUCCACCUUUUAAUGAUGAAACACCAACACAAGUCUUCCAAAAUAUUUUGAAAAGAGAUAUUCCCUGGCCUGAGGGUGAAGAAAAGCUGUCUGAUAAGGCGCAAAAUGCAAUAGAUAUUCUUCUAACAAUUGACAGUACUAAAAGAGCUGGACUGAAGGAACUGAAACAUCACCCCCUCUUUCAUGGUGUGGACUGGGAUAAUUUACAGAAUCAAACUAUGCCAUUUAUACCUCAGCCGGAUGAUGAAACUGAUACCUCUUACUUUGAAGCUAGGAAUAAUGCUCAGCACCUGACUGUGUCUGGAUUUAGCUUAUAGCAUCAAGAUAAGUGAACUUUCGCCAUGGUAUGGUUUUGUGCUCUUAGAGGUUGUCCUAUAACACUAGUUUGGUCUUUAUGAAGUUUCCUUGACAAAUUUAGAAUGUGUUUUAACUUAUCAGUCUGUUUUUAUUAUUGUAUCCUUCAUUCUAAAGUGAAACUACUGUAUGAAACUUAGCUGGUGUCAAGUGCCUUCAUGCUACUUUAUCUCACUGCACCUUACCAAGAGGCCAGAGCAUUGUACUUCUUGGAGCUAGUAGCACUUGGCGAUGAUGGGGCUUUUUUUUAAUGGCAAUGAAUAACUCCAGUUAAGAGGUGUGAAGUUAUUUCUUGGUUAAACAUAAUGGGGAAAGGACAUAAACAUGCUACUUGUAUCUCAUGGUAACUUGGUGGUUUGUGCAAUGGCUGUCUGCUCUGAGUACGUAUCCUCUGCAAAACUGAUGUUCCUGUUCAAGCUGGAAAAUUGAAAUCUCUUUUGUCUGACCGACCCCAGGAGGGUUAAAGGUGGCACUGCUGUUCAAAGUGAACCUGGCUAGAUGUGACAUGUGAGAUUGACAGUAGUUCCCUGGUUGUCUUCCUUUCCUAGACAAAUGGGGUUGGGAGGGGAUAGUUUGGGUCAGUCUAUGAAAUGCUUUGUAGAAGUUGUUGCAUUGUAACCACUUAGCUGUAGGAAGAUGGAUUGAACAGCGUACAUUUUAAUAAUUACUUGUUUUAAGUAGAAAAUGGUGAGCAUACAUUUGUUCUUACUUGUGUCAGAUGGUAGAAAUCAAAAAAAUCACUGGCGUGUUAGCUAUCAAGUAAAGUAUUCAUACUGAAGCUGCUAUAUAUUAAAGACUAUAAAGCAUUGCAAAUUAACUGGCUGCUGUUCUGUAAACUCACAACCAGACCUUAGAUAUUUUUUUUUAUUAAACUUAAGUUACAAGUGUAUAUUCAGUAUUAUAAAACCUAAUUAGGGGGAACUAUAUUUAAAUCUGUUUUUAAAUGCAAAAUGGAAUUUGCAUCUGCUAGAUUUCAGGGGUUUAUUUGUAGGUAAUUAUUUUCAACAUUGUUCUUGCAUAGAUAUCUCUCAGCUGACUUACCGCAGAUUUUUGUUUUCCAGGUUUGUACUUGUUAGAUAAGAUCACUGGUGCUGGAUGGUGGUGCCAGCCAACGGCCACGGGCCAGAGGCCAAGCAUUUUCCUAGUGAUUUUUUGCCAAGUGGCUUUCAAGUGUAUGGCCUGACCGCUCCUGCAGAGGGAGGGAGUUGUCCCUUCAUUGCCUGCUUCCUGGAAGAUGAGCUGUAUUGAUGGAAUUCUGAGCAGUGUCUGCUGGGCUUCCUGCUGGCCCUUGGGUAGCUGGGAAAGGAAUGGCUGGAGAAAAAUUCAUUCUUCUAUUUCUAGUAAUCUGGCUUAAGAAAAUUAGCCUUACAAGAAUGAAUCUCAGUUUCAGGCUGAAGAAAAUAUUCUAAAACUGUAUGAAGAAAUAAUGUAAGCUGGACACCCCAACAGCUCUUUUGUUUUCAGUGCUUUACAAAUGGUCACAACCUGUUCCCAUUUUGCAGUAGAAUAUAUUCUCUUUAAGGCAGAAAAAAGUUAGUGACAGUGGUAUGACAUUUUAAAGAUAACCUGUAACCCCUUGAAAUAAUUCUUAAUCAGCUGCAAGGAUCAAGUAAGUUUGUAGCUCAACUUUUUAUUAACCAAUUACAAUGAACUGCAGAACUGCAUAUAAGUUUUUCAGGUGAUCUAUUGUUAGUGUAUGUGGAGCUAGACAUGGUAGUACAUCCAACCAUUAGGCAUAAUCUUGUUAACUGUUUUGUUCUUAGGAGAACCUUAAACCUUCUUAUAAAAACCUUUUUCUAAAAGAAAACCAUGAUUCGUCUACCACAGUGUCAUAAUGCAAUAAAAAACAUUCUAUAGAACAAUAAAUAGGCCAACUGACAAAUCAAUAUUUAAUGCAAACAGUUGCCACUACACUGUCUGGAACUGUUAAAUUCUGCACAAUUAGCACUGAAGGCUUCCCAGACCCCAUUUGCAUCAGUAUCUUGUGUUUAUCCUGAUCAUAAAAGCAUGGGGUUGAAUUUCACAUGUUGAGUGUUGGGAUUUGUAGUGUGGUUUUGUUUGGUUUCUUUUGGUUUUUUUGGUGGGGUUUUUUGUGUGUUUUGUUUAAAAAGGUGAAUCCUAGCUUUAUUCUUCAAUAUGCAAUUCCUUGUCAACUCUUAAACCCAUUGGUUUUGCCCCACUUAUUGCUUGACUUAAAAAUACUACAGGGAAGAGUACAAAAAGCUAUAAUGUAGUAGCUGGAAGAGAUUAAAAGUUCCUUCUCAUUACUAAUCAGCUACAACUAUUAGUGUAAGCUGGCAAAAGUUUUUGGUCCUUGGAAGCUGUGGAAUUAGAAUACCACCUGGAAAGUACUUGCACUGUUACAUGGUGUUCCCUGAAGGCCUAAACUUUGUGUGCAUAACUUACAUAUUAACUCUGCAACCUCCAGGUUACCUUGGGAGACAGUUUAUCUGCUACUGCAGCUCUUGGCACACCUCCCUCCAGCUGGAGAUCAGUAGCUGUCACACUUUUAUACAGAAAUAGCAGUAACAGAUGACUACUACUACUAGUAACUUACUGUUAGGUUCACCUAUACACUGUGCAAUGUUUGAGGGCUGAGAUACUGAAAUGCUGCCAUGUGUUCCUGAGUUUGUAGGUUCCAGUUUCAGCAUGAUCAGCUUUCACCUAUGGGUUACUCCCCUAGUAAAAUGUAUUAUUUUCUUCUCUAUGUUCUCAAAAAAUUUACUGUUUACUUUGUACACUUUUGUGUAAAUAUAUAUUAAAAAAACCACUGCAGUCUU